UUGAAGGAAUCAUAGAGAGAUUCAAACUAACUGAUUCCAUAACAGUUUUCCCCCUGAAUCUUAAGUCUUCACUCUAAAGUCUUUUUCUCAUGGGAAACAUAACCAAGAAGGGCAGCAGGGAGCUGGUCACUGACACAGCCAAGUCACUGGAAGAUGGGUCACUGGUAGUGCUUCACACUAAACUCUACGAAGCCAUAAUGAGAGAAGACUGCACGUCCAUCCAGGCACUCCUAAGAUGUCAUCCUGUCAACCAGCCUAUGACCGUUCUGGCCAACUCCACCAGCUACAGAUUACUUCUGAACCAGCAGACACAGUCAAUCAUCCCCAUUCACCUGGCUGCUGAAUACCGCAGGGCGCAAAGUUUGCUUUGUCUGUUAGAACAUGGCGCCAACCCAGAAGUCAGGGACACAAGAGGCCUGACCACACUGCACCUAAUGCUACUGCACUGGCCAAUCACUUCGACCACAUGGACAAAACCAGGAGACAGAAUCCAAAGGAUCCUGACAGACAUUCAGAACAACGCUGUAACAUGUCUGCGCAUCUUGUGUGAACACGGAGCUCAAGUGAAUGCUCGAGUAGACAACAGCAACAAACACUCACCCCUCCACCUGGCCAUAACAUAUGGGACCUAUCCAGUUCUUUCCAUUUUGGCCCAAAAUGGUGCCCAUGUCAAUGCUAUUAAUGAAUCCACCAUGACGCCCCUUCACAUGGCUGCAGAUAUACUGAAUAAGGAGAUGAUAGAAACGCUAAUUGCCUGUGGAGCAGACAUUAACUGUGCUGUCUCUACUACAGGGAACACAGCCCUUAAACUGGCAGUGUGCAGUGCAUCAAGCAAGGCAGGCCGACUGCUAGCAGCAGGGGUAAGCUGCAUCCGUCUGCUGCUUAUUCACGGAGCCAAAGUAAAUGCCCAGGACCACGAAGGUCAAACAGCUAUCCACGAGGCCUGUUUCGGAGGCAGAGAGGCAAUUAUCAAUCUGUUGCUUGAAUUUGAAGCAAAUGUUAAUAUCUUAACAAGAAAUGGAGAAUCUCCAAUAUAUAUGUACCUUCAGCGCAGUUCCAACGUAAGAGACACAGCACUGCUGGCCAGUUUGCUGUCUCGCUCUUACCCUCUAAGACUGACCAAUAACCAGGGAAUUCUACCUGCAGGGAUCAUGCUACCAGAAUUCCACCUCUUAAGGGAAACGCUAAUAAAGUUAGCUCAAAAACCCUUGUCUCUAGAGGAUAUCUGUAAAAGAAACAUCAGAAAUAUUUAUGGAGAGAAAUACAAACAACACUUGAAGCAAGUUCUCCCAGUGAAGAUAUGGAAUUCUGUAUAUGGUUAUUAUGACUUAGCUUACCUCUUGAAAUAAGAACUCAAAGUUUCACAAUGCCAGAUAAUUUCAUUAAUUCAAACUGCAUUUUCUGGCUCUAUGUACCCAGAGAACACUUAACCCACCACCUGGUACAUAACCCAUCCGAAAAGUGCAAACUAUUGGCUUAUAAACCUUUUCAAAAAUAAACAGUUGACAUAAACUUUUUGGUCCUAAAUAUUCUUUUAAAUACAUUUUCUCUGAUUUAAUAUUUUCUCCCCAAAUAAGCAC